GACAAACCUGGAUUUCCUACAUACACUCAAUACAAACGCAUAGAGACGGCAUACCUGCAGUCGCUGUCCCCGCGGAAGCGUGACAAGGCCCUCAUAUCUCAGUGCAUGUUCGACAAGAUCUGGGAUGUACUACACCAACCGGACGCAUGCUCUAUCGGGACACCACAGUUUCGUUUCUGGGUUCGCAAGAUGUUCACGCUUAGUAUGCCCGCCACAGAAGACGAUGACAGCGAGGCACCAGUUGUCAUCCUCCACGAGAACAGACCGGUCGCCGUUCAGGAGCAGCUAUAUGAACUCUUUUGUUACUGCCAUGAAGAGUCUAACCACGGCGGUCGGGACAAAACCUGCGCUGUUAUCCGCCAGCACUACUCGUGGGUCCCAAAAGAGCUUACUGCGCAGUUCGUCAAAGCUUGUCCAACAUGUACUUUCAAACGAAGCGGGAAC